AUGAGAAAAUUGAACGAAUUCAAUUGAUAUCAGCAGCGACCAGGGGGUAAAUGUAACGAUGUAAACCGACUUUAUCGACGGUACGUACAAUGUGGUACAAUGUAAUGGAAUUAGGAUACGUCAUAGAACGAAGAGGAGAUGCGAGGCUCGCGAACGAAAGGCAAAACCUGAUUCAGUAGCGGCGUGGGCUUUGCGCCAAACAUACGCAACUUGGGUUUGUUGAUGGCCGUUUAAUUACUAUAAGGAAGUAACUUUAAUGCAUAAAGUGUGAUAUUCUAUUGUAGAGCGGGAAACGAACAGUACUAAAGAAAGAGGGUGCUGCGACCGAUAUACGUCUUACUUUCAUCCAUGAAACGGUUCCGUGUCAGAAGAGAAGAACAGUAUGUAUCCCGGAAUUUUAAGAUUGGAUUAAAUCUGUCAUAUUUCUCUAAUUAGAGAUUGCUCAAUUUUACGGCAAUUAUUAAUCCACUCGUAAGAAGACUCUUUGAUGAAGAGAUAAGCUACCUCAAAGCUAAACCACCUUGUGUGCGUCUGUAUAUAUUAUAUACAUAUCUUUCUGAGACAUACAUACAUACAUAUAUAUAUGUAUGUAUGUAUGUAUGUAUGUAUUUGCGAACAAAGUAUCAUUAAGGGGCUAGUUAAUGUACCGCAAUCGGGAUCGGAAUUGCAAUCGCAUCGUAGAAGAUGGACUCGAGCAGUGUCAAGUCGAAACCGAAUCCACGAGAAAAGGCCAAUUUAAUAUCGGUAUUGUUUUGGUGGUGGACAAUAGAUUUAUUCAAGACAGGAUACAAGAAGAUUUUGCAAACAGACGAUUUGUAUAAUCCUUUAAAGACCGACAGAUCUCACGUGCUCGGUGACAAACUAGAAAAACGAUGGAACAACGAGUUGGAAAAUUCGAGAAGGCACAAACGACAGCCCAGUUUAUUGAGAGCUAUUUUUCGCACUUUUAUAUGGGAAUACGCUGCGCUUGGUUUAAUGCAAAUACUCAACGAAUUCAUAAUAAGAUUAGGAACACCUAUACUGCUCGGAGGAUUGUUACGUUACUUCAAAAAGAGCUCGGACGAAAGUUACGAGACUGCACUUUUAUAUGCGGCUGGUAUUUGUUUAGCAACAGCAGUGAACGUCGUUACACUUAAUCAGACAGUUUUUGGCGCGUUCCACGUCGGUGCGAGAAUUAGAGUCGCCGCUUGUUCCGUUGUUUAUCGGAAGGCGUUGCGGCUUAGUAAAACAGCUUUAGGCGAAACGGCACCGGGCAAGAUAGUUAAUUUGUUGGCUAACGACGUGAACAGAUUUGAUCUUGUUUCCAUCUUUAUUCAUCAUAUGUGGUCCGCCCCGCUCUCUGCGCUGAUUAUAGCAUAUUUUUUGUAUACCGAAGCAGGAUAUGCCGGGCUGAUCGGUAUUGCCGCGGUCUUCGUUGUCGUGCCGAUUCAAUCGUACACGGGAAAACUAUCGUCCAAGUUUAGAUUGCAAACUGCUAUAAAAACCGACGAAAGAGUCCGUCUGAUGGACGAGAUCAUAUCAGGUGUGCAAGUAAUAAAGAUGUACGCGUGGGAGAAACCGUUUUGCGCUCUGAUCGAGACUGCACGGAAAUUAGAAUUGAAAGUAGUUUCAAAGAGUGCCUACAUAAGAGGCAUUUAUAUGACGUUUAAUUUGUUCACUACCAGAAUGGCUCUUUACUGUACGCUUAUCAGUAUGCUACUGUUUGGAAACGAACUAACGGCUGAUAAGGUUUUCGUUUUCUCUUCGUAUUUCAACAUAUUGGCGCACACCAUGUCCGGAAUGUUUGUACGCGGUUUUGCAGAAAUAGCCGAAUGUAUGGUAGCCGUAAGAAGAUUGCAACAUUUUCUCAUGUACGAGGAGUUUCGCGAAAAUAACUUUGCUCUCAACAAAUUUGCGGCCAGCAUUAAUGGUAGCAUUAACAAUGAUUCGAAACAAGCUUCUAACAAAACAUCCAAGCCUGAUAUACCAUAUGCAGACGAAGAUACGAACGAGUAUGAAAGUCUCGAUGAUUCCAUAGAAAAGAGAAAGCACAAUGGUCUGGUAGUUGUUGCUAAUGAUUUGUUACAGAAGACGGCUAAUCUUAUGGGAGAGAAGAAACGUUCUUCUGCUUCUAUAUUGAACAACGAAGAGACGUAUGCAGUGAAAAUGGUCAACCUCAGAGCCAAGUGGGAACCAGGUCAGUCGGAGAAUACGCUUGAAAAUAUAAAUCUGGAGAUUGAAAAAGGAAAAAUGUAUGCAGUGAUUGGUAUGGUUGGAGCUGGAAAGAGUUCUUUUCUCUCCGCUAUUCUUGGUGAAAUAGAUAUAGUAGAAGGUCAUGUUAAAGUAAACGGAAGCCUAAGCUACGCAGGACAGGAAGCAUGGGUUUUUGGCUCCACUGUUAGACAGAAUAUACUAUUUGGUCAACCGUACGAUCGUCAUAGAUAUCAGAAGGUUGUUAAAGCGUGUUCUUUGCUUCGAGACUUUAAACAAUUCCCUCAGGGUGAUCAAACAAUCGUUGGAGAAAGAGGAAGUUCUUUGUCCGGAGGACAGAAAGCUAGGAUCAAUUUAGCUAGGUCUCUUUAUAGACAAGCAGACAUUUAUUUAUUGGACGAUCCUCUAAGCGCUGUGGAUACACACGUUAGCAAGCAUUUAUUUGAAGAAUGUAUGCAACGAUAUUUAGCUGGAAAAACUAGGAUCCUGGCUACUCAUCAAUUACAAUAUAUAAAAAACGUAGAUUCUAUUAUUUUAAUCGAGCAAGGGAAAGCUACAGUUUUUUCAUACUAUCAAGACUUGUUGAAUCAACGACCAGAGUAUGCUGAACUGUUAGCGGCUGAGAACGUAACUAACGAUGAUUCUUCUUUGGAAAAGAGUGUCAUGCGAAGACAAUUUUCAUCGUCAAGCACCAGAAGUCGAACACCGGAUGCCAGUAGCGGAGGAACAGACGACGAAGAGGAAAACGAUGACGCUGAAAACUUUAACGACGGUUUAGAAGGAACUUCCCGCGGAACAGUCAAGGGACCAAUAUUUAUUAAAUAUUUCCAAACUGGUGCUAAUUUAUGUCUCGCAGUAACGCUUUUAUUACUCUUUAUAUUAACACAAUUCAUCGCUAGUCUCAACGAUUACUUUGUUCCUAUAUUAGUAAGCGAAGAAGAAACACGGAGUUAUUUACUUAAACAGACUGCCUUGAAUGCUACCAACGACACAGUUAUAGAAAAGUUGGAUACUUUUCAUAUUUCUACCGUCUACAGUUACAUGUACAUUUACACAGCCAUAGUUAUUGGUCUGUUUUGCAUUGGCAUUACAAGGUCGCUAGCGUUUUACAAGGUGUGCAUAUUAUGCAGUCAAAGAUUACACGACAUGGCCUUUAAUGCACUCAUUAGAACAGGCAUGAGGUUUUUCGAUACAAAUCCGAGCGGUCGUAUCCUUAAUAGAUUUUCCAAAGAUAUGGGAACCAUCGACGAAUUAUUACCAAAGGCUGUACUGGACGCUGGUCAAAUAUGUAUGAUGAUGUUUGGUUCAUUAAUAGUAUCGUGCAUCGUUAAUCCACUUUUCUUAAUUCCAAUUCUAUUCUUGGGUGCUGUGUUCUACUGGAUACGAAAAGUAUACUUAAAAACCAGCAAAAAUAUCAAGCGUUUGGAAGGAAUGACUCGCUCUCCCGUCUUCACUCACUUAAACGCUACUCUAAAUGGAUUAACUACUAUCAGAGCUUAUGGCGCACAGAAUAUUUUAAAGAAGGAAUUUGAUAAAUUGCAAGAUGUUCAUACUUCGACCGUUUAUAUGUACGUAGUAUCGAGUAGCGGCUUUGGAUUCUCAUUGGACAUCUUCUGUUUUGUUUUCACAUCAUUGGUUACGUUCAGUUUCCUUUUAUUGGAACAAUCAUUCUCUGGUGGUGAAGUAGGUCUGGCCAUUACCCAAGUAAUGGCCAUGACUGGAAUGAUUCAGUGGGGUAUGCGACAGAACGCCGAGGCUGCAAAUCAGAUGAUGGCUGUGGAACGUGUACUAGAAUAUACAAACAUUCCAGCAGAACCGAAUUUACGCGAUAGAGGGAAAUUUGCAAAGAAAACUGAUAAGCAGGCUGCGCUUCCAGCUAAUGCUCCCAAGAACUGGCCUACCGAUGGAAUGAUCAGAUUCAGGAAUGUUUAUAUGCGAUACGCUGAAGAGGAUCCUCCGGUAUUGAAGGGAUUAAAUCUUGUCAUUAAUCCUGGUGAAAAGGUAGGAAUUGUUGGAAGAACAGGUGCUGGAAAAUCCUCCUUGAUUUCAGCAUUGUUCAGAUUGGCAAAGAUCGAAGGAGCGAUAGAAAUUGAUGGUAUAGACACGGCGAGUUUUUGUCUAGAAGAUUUGAGACGCAACAUAUCGAUCAUUCCUCAAGAUCCAGUUCUUUUCUCGGGUACUUUGAGACGUAAUUUAGAUCCUUUCAAUGAAUUCUCUGAUACAGCUUUGUGGGAGGUGAUCGAAGAGGUGGAAUUAAAAGAUGCUGUUCUGACUAUCGGUACUGGCUUAGAAAGCCGUGUAUUAGAUAGGGGUAGCAAUUACAGUGUUGGCCAAAGACAAUUGGUCUGUUUGGCAAGAGCUAUCUUAAGAAAUAAUAAAAUACUGAUGCUCGACGAGGCAACAGCUAACGUGGACCCGCAAACGGAUGCUUUAAUUCAGAAUACCAUCAGGAAAAAGUUCAUCAAGUGCACUGUACUUACUAUUGCUCAUCGAUUAAAUACCAUUAUGGAUAGCGAUAAGGUCUUAGUUAUGGAUAAAGGUCGUAUGGCGGAAUACGAUCAUCCCCAUAUACUGUUACAAAAUAGUUACAGUCAAUUUACCUCGUUGGUAAAAGAAACCGACCGCGCUAUGUACGACCAAUUACUUAGGAUAGCGAAACAGUCUUACAUUGCCAAAUACGCAAAUUAAGCCCGGGUUCAAGUUUUCAAACCCCGUGGCUGAAACCCUGAAUCAGAAAUGAAAUUUCUAUCUCCGUGCCCGUAGAUUGACGACAACCAAUCUAACGAACAGAAUUUUCUACUGAUUCCAGUUUUAUAUCAAGUAUUAUCAAGUAUAACUUCUAAGCGGCAACGAUAUUAAAACAAUCAUAUUUUUCUAUCUUCCUAUUUUCAUAGACAUACACCUAAUCGUAAGUAUGUAUAGGUAUUUCGUAGUACUUUAAAUGGAAAUACUGCUGUGCAGUGUACUUGAAUUUUUAUUUUACACCAGAAGUAAGUAAAAGUCGUCUAUAUUUACAAUUUUCAAGAAUUUUCAAUAACUGGAACAUUUAGCUGUUGUACCUAUAAACAUUUACGACUUACAAGAUGCCAAAUAACAAUGUAUUAUAAGGAAGAUAUAGUAAGAUAAGUAGGUAAUAAUGAAUAUACAUUUACAAUAUGUAUAUUACAAUUGUAUUAUAUUACGUAAAUGGAUAAUGUACUAUAGUUUGAAUAACUAUAAUAUUUUAUAAUAUAUACAUAUGUACUUUAUACUGUGCUCGACGAACCUAUAUGUAUAUUUACCUAUUAUACCUAUUAUACCUAUUAUACCUAUUAUACCUAUUAUACUUAUUAUAUGUAAAACUUAAUUCGGUGUCCUUUCUUUCUUUCUUUCUUUCUUUCUUUUAUUCAAGUCUUAUUUUUGAAAAGUAAUAGUAACUUUUCAAAUCUAAAAACACUGAAUUAACUUGUACAUCUAAUACUUGUACCAAUAUGUCGUUACAAUAUUUGUCGAGUCGAAUGUAACUGCCAAAGUAUGUUGUAGAUACAUUGUGUUUGAAACAACGCGUUUAUCAUGUGGCCCCGAGUACAUUAAUUAUAAAUAAAAUUUUACUUUUAUAUA